AUGGCCCCGGUAUUGCUGUGGUUGUUGGCGUUGGUGGUGGUGGUGGCGGCGGGGGGGUCGGUGGAAGCGCAGCCCCCCGCUUCCGAGCCCGCCUGCCCCGUGUGUCUCUGGCGGCGGCACAGCAAGGAGCUGCGGCUGGAGAGCAUCAAGUCGCAGAUCCUGAGCAAGCUGCGGCUGAAGGAAGCGCCCAACAUCACCCGGGAGGUGGUGAAGCAGCUCCUGCCCAAGGCCCCGCCGCUCCAGCAGCUCCUCGACCUCCACGACUUCCAGGGGGACUCCCUGCAGCACGACGAGUACCUGGAGGAGGACGAGUACCACGCCACCACCGAGACCGUCAUCAGCAUGGCCCAGGAAACGGACCCCGUGGUGCAGAUCGAGGGCAACCCCCAUUGCUGCUUCUUCAACUUCAGCCCCAAGAUCAUGUUCACCAAGGUGGUGAAGGCGCAGCUGUGGGUGUACCUGCGGCCCGUGCAGCACACCUCCACCGUCUACCUGCAGAUCCUCCGCCUGAAGCCGGUGACGGAGGAAGGCAGCCGCCACAUCCGCAUCCGCUCCCUGAAGAUCGACCUCAACUCCCGCAUCGGGCACUGGCAGAGCAUCGACUUCAAGCACGUGCUGCAGAACUGGUUCAAGCAGCCGCAGAACAACUGGGGCAUCGAGAUCAACGCCUUCGACCCCAACGGCAACGACUUGGCCGUCACCUCGCUGGGACCCGGGGCCGAAGGGCUGCACCCCUUCAUGGAGCUGCGGGUGCUGGAGAACAACAAGCGCUCGCGGCGGAACCUGGGGCUGGACUGCGACGAGCACUCGACCGAGUCGCGCUGCUGCCGCUACCCCCUCACCGUCGACUUCGAGGCCUUCGGCUGGGACUGGAUUAUCGCCCCCAAGAGAUACAAAGCCAACUACUGCUCGGGGCAGUGCGAGUACAUGUUCAUGCAGAAGUACCCCCACACCCACCUGGUGCAGCAGGCCAACCCCCGGGGCUCGGCGGGGCCCUGCUGCACCCCCACCAAGAUGUCCCCCAUCAACAUGCUUUACUUCAACGACAAACAGCAGAUCAUCUACGGCAAGAUCCCGGGCAUGGUGGUUGACAGAUGCGGAUGCUCUUAG